AUGAAUCAGAAUUAUCUCCGUCUAAUUGCUGAAAGAGUCUUCAUCAGACGAAAAGAUCAACCAGAAGCCAUGUCUCUGCUGUGCGCACUCGCAGCUUUCAUCUGCCUCUUGUUCUCGUCGGUCACGGCAAAGGCAACGAUCUCCCCGUGGCCGGAAGGAGAUGAGGAGGCGCUACUGGUUUUCAAAGAGAAGCUCAACGAUGGCGGAGGCACCGCGAUGUUGUCGUGGAACCGAAGCUCCCAUUUCUGCACGUGGCAGGGAGUGACAUGCGGCCGUAGGCACCCGGAGAGGGUGACGGCCAUAAAUCUGACCGCCGCCGGCCUCACGGGCCAGAUCUCCCCUUCCAUCGGCAACCUCUCCUUCCUCCAAAGCAUCUUCCUCAACAACAACUCACUACAUGGUGGCAUCCCUUCCUCCAUCGGCCGCCUCCGCCGCUUGCGGUUCCUCCACCUCGCGUUCAACUCCCUCGGCGGUGAGAUCCCAUUCGAGUUGAGCAAUUGCUCGGAGCUGACAAAAAUCAGCCUGCGUAGCAAUCGAUUCGUGGGAUCUGUUCCGCCAUGGCUCGCCUCCCUCAAGAAGCUUUCUGUUCUUUAUCUUGCCAAUAAUAGCUUCGUAGGAGUGAUACCUACAUCGCUCGCCAACGCCUCAUCCCUCGAGAGCCUGGCGCUCUACAUGAACCACAUAGAGGGUGUCAUCCCGGAAGGCCUCGGCCGACUUGCCCGACUCCAAGUUCUAUAUCUUUCCGUCAACAACCUCGCAGGUACCAUCCCUACUUCGCUCUACAAUUUGACCUCUCUGCUGGAGCUCACCAUGGCGGAAAACCACUUGUCCGGGGAACUUCCGGCUGACUUCGGAAGCAAGCUCCGCAAUCUGCGAAUUCUUUUAUUGGGCAUCAAUCAGUUCAGCGGUCCAUUUCCACCUUCCAUCACCAACUGCUCCGACCUUGAGUAUUUUGAUAUCACAGCGAACAAUUUCAACGGGCGCUUGCCCCCGAACAUGGGAAGAUUAGCAAACCUCACCCGGUUUAACGUUGCUUGGAACCACUUUGAAGCACAAACCGCCAAUGACUGGAAUUUCUUAGCUUCAUUGACCAACUGUUCCAAAUUAGAGUAUGUCUACCUCAAUUCAAACAACUUCAGCGGGUCAUUGCCACAUCUCGUCGCCAAUUUAUCCGAGAAACUUCAAGACAUGUACGUGUCUGAAAAUUUUAUCUCAGGGAGCAUACCGCCGGGGAUCGGGAACUUGGCGGGCUUGCAAAGACUCGUAUUGAGCGAUAACCAGUUCAUCGGCGACAUCCCGGAAGGGAUUGGCCGUCUCCGACAGUUGCACGACCUGGAGUUGGAUGGCAACAACCUCUCCGGGCACAUACCACCCUCUCUCGGCAAUCUCACACUACUGUUUUAUCUCGCUGCGUCCUUCAACGCAUUGCGAGGCACAAUUCCAGCAACACUUGGACGCCUGCAACACCUGGACGUUUUAUUAUUGUCCAAUAAUUUUCUCGAUGGUGCCAUACCGAAAGAAGUUGUCGACUUGCCGUUUCUGUCACACGGCAUUGAUUUGAGCUCUAAUUUACUCACAGGACCGAUUCCUUUGGAGGUUGGAAAGUUAGAGAAUGCAAGAAUUUUCUCUCUGUCUAGAAAUAGAUUGGAAGGCGAGAUACCAAGCACAAUCGGAGCCUGUGAGGUACUGGAGUACUUGACCUUGGACGACAACUUAUUACAAGGGACUAUACCUUCUGCUCUCGGCCACAUAGCCGGACUCAAAACCCUAAAUCUAACGAAAAAUAACUUGUCAGGCGAGAUUCCACUUACAUGGAGCUCCAUUAUAGGGCUGGAACAGUUGUAUAUUUCACACAAUGAUUUGUCAGGCGGCGUUCCACUGUUCUUCCAAAACUUGAGCUUUUUAUAUGCACUUGAUCUCUCUUUUAACCACUUGGAGGGUCCAGUUCCGACCAAGGGUGUCUUCCAGAGCAUUUUUAACUUUUCCAUUGCCGGCAACAAUGAACUCUGUGGGGGCAUUCAAGAACUCCACUUGCCUGCAUGCCCCAUGCAGCAUCUUGAAAGAAAAAAGUCCAAAUUGAUUCCGCUGCUGAUCGCUGGUUCCAGUCUCUGUUUCGUGUUGCUGUUGAUCAUCAUCUUCGUUCUUAUUUACCGGAGGCAGAGCAAAAAACUGCCAUCGACACAAUUGUCUUCUCGGUUGGAUAUCCAGUUCCCAAUGAUCUCGUAUGCUGAGUUGUCGAGAUCUACAGCAGGAUUCGAUGCCGCCAAUCUAAUCGGCAGAGGAAGCUACGGCUCGGUGUACAAAGCGACCCUGGACCAUGAAAACAGAACUGUUGCCGUGAAGGUGUUCGACCUCCAACAAUUGGGAUCCUCCCAGAGUUUUUCAACUGAAUGCGAGGCUUUGAGUCGCAUCCGCCACCGGAAUCUCAUCAAGAUCAUAACUUGCUGCUCGAGCAUCGACUUUAACGGCGACGACUUCAAGGCCUUGGUCUUCGAAUUCAUGCCCAACAAGAGUUUAGACAGGUGGCUGCACUCUCAGCUUGAAGAAGAUCAGCAUCAACAUGCAAUAAAUCUAAGCCUGACACAGAGGCUUAACAUAGGAAUCGAUGUCGCUGAAGCGUUGGAUUAUCUUCACAACAAUUGCAAACCACCGGUGGUCCACUGCGAUCUAAAGCCUAGCAACAUUCUCCUGGACGAGGAGAUGAUGGCUCAUGUUGGCGAUUUCGGGCUCGCCAAGCUCCUCCCUGAAGGAAUGAGCAGGUGCUUGGCUGACAGAAGCAGCUCACUUGGAUUGAGAGGCACCAUCGGCUACGUCCCUCCAGGUGAAACCAAACUACUAAUCAUUCAAUUGCUAAACUUCACUUGAUUAUCCGUUUGUUUCUGGUUUUGCAGAGUACGGAGAAGGCAGUCCUGUUUCCACAAGCGGCGAUGUGUACAGUUUCGGAGUGCUGCUAUUGGAGUUACUAACGGGGAAGAGCCCUCUGGACGACAUGUUUCAGGACGGGCUUACUCUGCCCACACUUGUGGAGACGAGAGGAGCCUUGGAAAUUGUCGAUCCAGUUUCUCUCCUGUAUGAAAAUGGAACGAACUUGUCGAAUAGGAUCGAAGAGUGUUCGAUUUCCCUUGCAAGGAUCGGCCUUGCAUGCACCAAACGCAUGCCCGGGAGUCGAAUGCGCAUGUCCGACGUCGUUGCUCAGCUGCGGGGCAUCAGGAAUUUGUUCGACUGAGAUGAAGGAAGAAUUAUUAUUGCAAUUGACAACAAAUGCAAAAUAGGUGAUAAGUUAAUUUUAUCACUUCGUCAUUUUUUUUUUCGCUAAAAAAGUGAUGAGAAAAAUUUAAUAAUUAUUCUUAUCACGUUGUUGCCACGUGAUACGAAUAAUUAUUAAAUUUUGUAA